AUGGAAGACCCAGCCCACGACCCGGACACCACCACCCAUUCUUCAACGACGCCUUCUAUGACACUGUCAUUAUUAAAGUCGUCCUCGUCUUCGUUUCCGCUUUCUGCCCUUGAGAUACCAGAGAUCAUGGCAAACAUCUUUGAAUAUCUGGACGACGAGGAGGCGAACCGGACGCUGAUCCUUGUCUGUCGAAAGUGGUAUGUCUGGAACCGGGACAGGAUCUUUCGGGACCUCUACUGGAAUAGUGAUCAGACCACGGAGGAGCUUGAGGGAGAGGUGUUGUCGAGGUUGGGUUGUGGGUUGGGUCCUAACCGGUUGUUUUGUCAUAUCCGCGUUCGGUAUGGGGAUUCGGAUUCUGCUUUAGAGAAGUGGAGGCAGUUGGUUGCAGCGUUGGCGUGGGCGGAUCCGAUGAGGAAGCAUGUACAGGCUAUGGAGGAUGCUCAGAGGGAUGGUGAUGAGCGCAGUGGAGGAGCAGAGGAAGAAAGCAGUAUGGAAAGGGAUGCAGAUGAGGGUAGUGCCGUUGAUGUUGUCGGUGGUGCUCGUCAGGAGGGAAGCAGCGGGGCGGAGGAUGACAGAAAUAGGGUCAUCCGACACUUGACGAUCACAGGGAUAGUCCAGUUUGACAGCCAUAUGUGGCAGAUCCUGUCUGGACUGAGCCACUUGGUCAGUCUGACGGUGAAGGUCGAUUCCUGUGGGUGGGUCUCAAUGCACAACAUCCUCAACUCGUGCCUGCAUCUGGAGAAUCUGCACCUGGAGACGACGACGUGGGUCAGCAUACCGGGGAGAAAUUGGCUUGUGGGCGAAGAUGAAGAGGAAGAUGAUGACAACCGCUUAUCGUCACUCGAGGAACAGCCGGGGCUACAUGUUAUCCGGACGACCCCCGAGGAUAUGGACCCCGUGUUUGACCUGUGUCCUCGGAUGACGGACUGGAUGGUCUCUGCGGUGCACUUUACGACGACUCUGAUCGAGAGGUUCCCCUAUGAGCAUAUGGAUAUCCACCUCCGAUCGGCCGAGGAGUUCUCGCAUACAGGAGGAGUUCGGGGGAUCGGAUAUGGAGGAGUUGAACACCGAUCCGUCCGAGAUGUUGCAACCACUGUGUCCAAAGUCUGGGCCUGCCGAGGGUUGCUGACUUUGAAGCUCGCAAUCUCGCACAUGAGUAAUCAACCACAAGCGUCCCGGAUCGUAUUUGGCUACAUCUCCCGCGUCUGCCCCCGAUUACAGGACUUGGAGAUUUGUGGGCCCGAGGGUGUGAGGAUGGAUCGUAAGAUUCGCCCGACACCGAUGUGUAUGACACUCGAGGGCGGGUUCUGUCUGCUGUCAAGGUUGGAGAGGUUGGAGAGACUGUGUAUCGGGAUUGUGAUGUUGGAUCUGAAGCUCAAGGAUGUCGACCUUUUGUGGAUCAAAGGAGAAAGCGGAGGUAGUGGUAGUGGUGGCGGAGGUGAGGCUGGGGGGUUAUUGUUGAGUGGUGCGAAAGUUCGGCCGAGGAGGGGGUCGACAGCGAGUAUCAAAUCGAUCAAGAAGGGGUGGAAUACGCUUCUGAGACGAGAGAAGGAGCGGGAGUUGGCACGAGUUCAGAACUUUGAGCGAUCGGUCGACAACAGUCCUGGAGAAGGCGGACAUAAAGAUGUAAGUGGGGGAAACAAAGCGGUCGCAGCAAGGAGUGAACAGGAUGACACUGAGCUGGAACAGAGUCUGCAGCACCUGGGGCUGUUGGAGGAUGUGGUUAUGCUGCUGAAGGAGAUCGAAGCCACCAGUAACAACAACAUCACUCCCACUCUUGCAAACAAAUGUUGGCCGAACAUGAAGCGAAUGUCGAUCUAUUCUGGCAACAGUCUGGGCGAGAGUUUGGACCGCGAGUAUGAGCGUCUGGUGAGAGUACCUGGGCAGAAGGUCAAGGAGAAGAAGAAAGAAAACGGAGGAGGAGGAGGGCUGUUUGCGAGCAUUCGAGGUCUCGUGGGAUACAUUCAGUGGAAAAGAGGGCAGGUCCUUUGGCAGAGGAACCGGGAUGCGGUAACUGGCUUCCGUCCCUGGCGUGACUUGAAGGCAUGUCCGGAUCAUGGUCUUGAUAACCACCCAGGUCUUUUCUCCGUCAUAGGAAAGAGCCCAUUGACAAUGCCCACCACCGUGCGCGGACCCGAUGGAAUAAGCAGUCUGGAUAGUAUCACCGGCUUUGUAGAUGGUCCGGGAGGAGAAUGGGUAAGGGAUGGAGGUCUUGCAGAGCGGUUGGUUGAUGCCGAGGUUUGUUCCGAUUGGGGAGUUGAUGUCGACGUCGACGACUUGGCCUGGCGGUGGGGCGGGGCAACCGGCGGCUUCUUGGUACCGUCCACAGGGGUUUGCAAGCCCUGUGUGCGCUUGGACGAGUGUUGA